AUGCGUCAAUUCAGCAUCAUCCCUUUUAUGGCCGCCUUGCUCGCGCCUUUCGCUGCGAGUCAGUGCAUGGACCGGUCCGCCGACUGCUCUCCUCUGGCCAUUUGCAAUAGCAUGGGCCCAUUGUUGGUUUGCGGAAACACAGAGAAAGUCCAGGGUGAAUGCGUCAAGGUCACCAACGAAGAGCGUGGCUACGUUGCUGCAAGUACUAUCUCCGUGCUAGAAACGUCACUGAUGACAUCUUUUAUAGUGCCGUUGCUGUAA